AAAGAAGAAAAACGUCAGCGAACCUAACCUCCAAACGAUACUGACCGAAUAAUCCUGAUAAACUUGGCCAUCAGAAGUGAAGAAGAAGAAUAAGAACCACGAAACUGAAAAAAUGACGGGCCCCUUAAAAAUCUACCCGACGGCGGAGCAGUGCCAGAUAAACAACAGGAUCGAGUGCCCCGAGCGAGGCUGCAACCAGAUAUUCUCGUCCGAGUCGAAUCUGAACCUUCACCUGACGAAAACUCACAAGAGGACGGAGCUAGAGCGCGGGGCCGCCGAAAAGCAUUACUUUUGCCCCGAGCGGGCGUGCUCGUGGAGCGCGCUGAAGCACUUCAAGAGCAUGAAACUGCUGAGGCAACACUACCUCAAGGUGCACGCCGCGAGGGCGUUCGAGUGCCCCUCUUGCCGAAAAAAAUUCCCGUCGGCCCCCCUAAUGAAGGCGCACCUCGAAUUUUGCGGCUUGUCGUUUACGUGCGGCGACUGCACCGCGUCUUACGCGUGUUACGACACGUUGAAAACCCACGGCAGACGUAAGAAACAUGCCGUGCCGGAAAAGUCGACUUUCAAGGCGAAAGUUUUGGGCGAAAGGGGAUCGAGUAGCGUCCGCGAUAGUCAUACGUUGCCCGGUAAGCGCGCGUUGGCCAGCAAAAUGACGCAAAACUCGCAGCAAACGCAGACAGGCUGCAAAAGCGUCCAGCUGUCGGUGGAAACCCAGACGGUGGGCGAGUUUUUUGGUCUGUGGCGAAGAAGCGACGCGGACGACGCGAUCGGUCAGAAAAGCGCCGUCACCCAGACCGAAGUCGUCAAGUCGUGCGAGAGCGGUUGCAACACCUCGUUCCGACUGGAGGACUUUGAGUUUACCAUGAGAGACACACAGAAAAACUCGUCGGCCACGCAGACCGUCGACGAAGACGAUAUAUACUCUAUCUCGACGACCGCUCGCGAUUCCAUUCACACCGACACGUCCGAUUUGCUCGGCGACAGUCUCAGCAACUUUUUCAACUGCCACACUGAGACCCAGACUGACUUUAUGUUGGGCGACGACCUGUUCAAUUGCGAUUAUUACUCCAACAUGUACACGCAGACGUGCGACGAAAUCCUCAGCGGCUUGACGGGCUUCAACGACACCCACACGCAGACCGCGUUCGACGAUGUGCUGCGGUCCGUCCAAAGCCAGACUUCGAUGUCGACCGCCGACACAGCCGGCUUCAAAGGCGUGGCGCACACCGAGACCCAGACCGACGCCGAAUUCAGGCAAAUGCUCGAAAUAAUAAACUCCUGACUAUAAACCAACACGUUUAUUUAUUUUUUCGCUGUUGUGUAACGAAAAUAAAUGUUUCCUUGUUAACAUAACCUACUUCUUCUUCUGCC